AUGGCCAAUCCGACGUUAUCUUGGGAGCGGGUUGGCAAGCGGUUUUACCGCACUUUUGAAGGCUACCAUAUGCAAUGGGCAGUGCACGUUGCUGAAUCUCACCUCGCAGUAGCUCCGUGUGGAGGCGCCAUAGCAGUUUGGGAUCGCACAGACGUCAUUAGAGCUGGCGUGGCCCGACGGGCUCAGAUAGCUAUUUACAGUGGUAGUGGGCGCCUGUUGGCAACAAUGCCGUGGGAUCUAGGCCAAAUCACUGGUGCAUCCUGGUCUGUGAAUGACGAGCUCAUGGUUCUCGCGCAAUCAGGCGUGGCAAGAAAGUAUACCGACUUUGCUGGUAACUUUGUUCAACUGAGACUGCCAGAACCUGUCACACACGUUCAAUGGCUUCCUGAUGGAUUCGUUGCACAGAGCGAAGAAAAAUGGACUCUUGUUACAGACUUUUCCUCGGCAUCUUUUCUGCAAAUUGACCUCCCUACUCAGGUUCUCGAUUGGGUAGCCGUUCCCGCAGACCCCAGUUCGGGGCGUGACCAUGCCGUUAUUGCUACUGCUGAAUCCGCCAUUCUGUACACAUUUGAACAAAAACAGCAUCCAUUAUCAAUUGAGCCAUUGCUCUCUCUUAAAUUGUCUCCGGACAACAUGUGGUUAAUGGGGCAGAGGGACGGCCAAAUUUACAUUUAUGGUACAGAUACGUUCCAUGAAGAAUACAGGUUUGAUGCUUUCCAUAAUCCAGCGACCUGGGUUGGUGUUGCGGCGGUAGCUGCGCUUGAAGAAGAGGACUCGCUGUCAGUUUUGGAUCUCAACUCUCAGGAACGGCUGACGCUCGAAUUUGAGAAUGCGGUAUCGAUUUAUUCAGAAGUUGAUGGUCUGCGAGUGUUUUCAGAUUACAGCCAUGACUUUUUCGCCCCUGUUCCAGACGUUGUAACGGAAACUUUCAGGCUCGGUAGUCGUGCGCCUUCUGCCAUUCUACUGAACUGUAUCGAUCUUCUUGAGAAAAAAUCCCCACAAGCAAACGAAAACUUGAGCGUCAUUGGUAUUAGUGCAUUGCCUGGUGCUGUUGACGCUUGUUGUGUGGCAGCUGCCGCGGAGCUAGAUCCGAGAUGGCAAAAAAAGCUAUUGCGGGCGGCUUCUUUCGGGAAAUCGGCACUCAAUCUUUAUGAUUCUACUCUCUAUUUAGAUGUCAUGGAGAAGUUGAGGAUCGCCAACACUUUGCGAUCUGAGAAAGUUGGUAUGCUUGUCACUGUACACCAAAUGGAUAUGUUAGGCCCCGCAAAAGUCCUACGGCGUUUGCAAGCUUUGCAGUGCUAUGGUGAGGCUAUCGCUGUUGCUCGAGUUCUCAAGUGUCCGGUCGAAACCGUGUAUAUUGCGUGGGCCUGCCAUCAGAUUCAGAGUAACGUUGACUUGGAAGAUGCCGAACUAGAACAGCUGCUGGCGGCUACUCUAGACAAUGUUUUGGGUAUCUCGUACGUUGAGAUUGCUCAGAAUGCAUUUGACGAAGGUCGUCCCAAGCUCGCCCGUACGUUGAUUGAUCGAGAGCCUCAGGCUCAGAGAAGAGUUAAGAUCCUGUUACGUCUUCAUGAACACGAAAGAGCACUGCAAGUUUCGGUUGACUCAGGUAAUGUCGAUCUUUUGUUCUAUACCGUUCUCUCCCUUGCAUCGAAUGCUGAAGUAUCGUUGCCUCAAUUCUAUCGCUUGCUGGGAGAUAAGCGGACAGCCAUUGAAGCCUAUAAGCGGCUUUGUACCUUACAACCCAAUGCUAAAGAAACGGUUCACAAAUUCUUGUACCAGAUGGAUUUGGUCGUCGAUGACAUUAACCUAUCUUUUACAGAGGCCUGCGUAGAGCCUGAAAUUGAGCCAAAGCAUAUGCAGCUUGUCACAGUUCAGAAACGGUUCGCAGAACUCAAACAGACGCACUUCGAGAGCCAGGCAACAGCAGAAUUUGUGGCACUAUUGGCUCUCCAAAAGCAGUUGGAAUCCGAAUUCGAGAUGCCAUUUGCUAAUCUAUCCGCUUCUGAUACCGUCGUGGCCCUUCUCAAUAUUUCCCAAACAAACCGAGCUCAAAAAGUCGCCAACAAGUUCCAUAUCAGUGACAAACAGUUUUGGUGGCUGCGGCUUCGUAGCCUUGUAUCUCGCCGUGAAUGGACGGACCUGCUUGAGUUUGCAAAGUCAAAAAAGUCCCCUAUUGGAUACCUGCCGUUCUAUGAACAGACCCUGCAGGCAGGAAACCUCGAGGCUGCAGGAGCUUAUGUUGAUAUGUGCACAAACGUCGACUACAAAGAACGUGUCCAGAUGUAUCUCAAAACAAAUCAGCGUGAUAAAGCCAUUGAGCUUGCUCGAAAACUAAAAGAUGAGAGUCUGGUUCCAGGUCUUUGA